CAUAUUAUAAAUAGUGGUGAGCGGGCUGCGCCACCCCAUCAGUAUCACGGCCCACCUCACGGAGCUCAAGGUGCUGGAGCAGUGCCGGGCUAGGUAGCUGCCAACAUGUUGACUUAUCGCGCUUGGUUGCUGUUAGCGCUGCUGGGCGCCCAGUGCGCGCUGAUACUGGGCGCGCCCGCUACCGGCCACGGUUACGACACAAAGAGCUUCGCCCAGGCCUACCUGGAGUGUCUGCGGUACCUGAACAUCUCGCGCCAAUCGCUGUACGCGUACGACAGUGCGGCCGUCCCGCUGAACUGCGGCAGCAACUGUCUGCUGCGCUGCAUCGGCCUGAACGCCCGCUGGUGGCACGACGAGACGGGGCUGAACGAGCGGGCGCUGGUGCGCUUCUUUCGCCAGGCGCCGGCCGACUCGCUGCUGCAGGCCCGCGCCUGCGUGGCCGACCUGCCCGCCCCGCCAGCCGACAGCUGUGCCGGCGCGUACUGGUCGUUCCGGUGCUACAGCGACGCGCUGGGCGAGCUGAUUGCCCACCCGGCGUAUGUGGCACCGUGCGGGCAGGAGAUACGGCGCGCGGUGAGCGACUGUGCCACGAUGCUGCAGGUGGAGGACGGCCAGCUGCAGACGUGCGUAAGGACGGAAACAUUCCUACGGCAGGGCGACAGUGCCGCGCUGCUGCGGUGCGUCGUGCUGCGGCUCGGGCUGUACGCUGUCUCGACCGGGGUGCUGUGUGACCGGGUGCGGCUGCUGAUGGACGCGGAAACGGCCGAACAGUGGACGGUGGCACGUGCCGAGGAAGCCAAGCGGUGUGAGGAGGACUUGCGGGCGCUCGGUGCGGACACGUGCGUCGUGGCGGCCCACGCCGUGGAGCUCUGCUACGGGUGGCCGGCGUUUGGCGAACUCUGGGCAGUGCUGAAGCAGGAGUACGGCAGCUCGGAUGACGCGCUGGCCGAGGAGAGCGAGCAGGUGGUGGUUGUUGGUGCGAGCAGCAGCACGGAGGAACCGCAGGAAGACGAACCCAACGAGAUUACCGCUGCCGAGGAAGACGUGGAGGUGUUUAAGUACCCAUCCAGCCCCCGGUUCCGUGGAUUAGUGAUCGUAGCGCCGGAGCUGUACGCCGUGGAUGCGACCGUUGAAGAUGUGUCGAAAUCAUCAGAAGGCUCGUCCUCGCAGGAUGAGGAAGAGAAGCUGCCUAAAGAUGCUAAACCGACCCAACAGGAGCUGGCAGACGGGCAAGAGCCGGUGACGACUACGAACGGCAAUACUGUGAAGCAAUCCGCAGCCUCUACGGCUCAGGAACCUUUGGAGAAGGAAUCGAAAGCAACCCAUACUGUUCAGGCACGUUCGGUAUCUCAACACCAGCUGGAUGCGGCUCUACUGAUUCACACGCACCGCCGCAGUCAUAAUGAGCCGGGGCGAUUCGUCAGGGAUGUCCACCCGCUGCUUGUGGAUUUGGUUAUGGUGCAUGCUCCGGCGGUUGCGGCUGAACCUACGCCAACCGUUGAAACGCUUCCAGAUGUGGCUGAAGAACAGCAAGACAAUCAGAUCUCGUUGUUUGAUACGGAUCUUGCUGCUAACAGCGCGGAACAGGAUCAAGAGCUAGCACCACUAGCUGAGACGGUUGUGGAAGCUGAAGACGCGACACCUACCAUGGAUGGUGAAAGUAGUUCCAAGGUAGAGAAUGCUGAAGAUUCAAAGGAUUCCGUUCAGGAGACGCUCGCAAAAGCAAGUACGACACAAUCUGAAAACAGUGAGCAGUUGACUCUAUCGGAAGCUUCUGGAGUUGAGCCUGAAGGUGCAGAGAGCUCUGCCCCACUUAAGGAGGGUGUUGAUCAACAUAAGAGGAGUACUGGAGAAGCUGAAGAGGCUGCCAGUCCGUUGGUAGAAGCAGAUCCCAACAGCUCCAAUGGGGCCACCGACAAUCUGCUCCAAUCAAAGGCAGGUGCUACGCAACCUGAGGAUAGCGAGAAGUCGCCCCAGGCCGAAACAUCUCGCACUGUUGUAGCUGAAGACACAGACUCCUUUCUGCAGCCUGCACAAUCUGAGGCUAAGGAUGAAUCGAGUCCUUCUAAUACUCUCGUACCUGAAGUACCAAAGAGCGCUGAUACUUCUAACGAUGAGCUUCUCCAACUAUCAUAUCUGGAUGCAAGUGUCGCUCAAUCUGAAGCUAAGGAUGAGCCGAGUCCUUCAGCAACUUCUAAUACUCUCGUACCUGUAGUAUCAAAGAGUGCUGAUACGUCCAACGAUGAGCUUCCAACCAACCUGGAUGCAAGUUCAGGUCAAUCUGAAGCUAAGGAUGAGUCGAGUCCUUCCGAAUCUUUCAAUUCUCGCGCACCUGAAGCACCAAAGAGCGCUGAUAAUUCUGAAGAUGAACUUCUGCAACCACCCAAUCUGGAAGCUGCUCAAUCUCAAGAUAGCGAGAAGUCCAAUACACUAGCUGCAGAAACUGAAAACAACUCUGAAUCCCCCCAAGAGGACCUCACAGCACAGCCUCAAGAGAUGUCGACUCCGUCCAGAACUUCCAGCACACUGGCCACGGAAGCAACCGGCACGGACGGGAAAGAAAACGAUCCAUCCGUCAGCAAGAAAGCGAUCCACCCAAGCACUCUCCAGCGGCUGGUCCGAGCGCUUAGUGAGACCAACUUCAUCGAUACCAUACUGUCCGCUAUAAGUGCGAAGCAGUAAGGACGCACUUAUCCACUGCAUAUGAAGUGUUACUGUAGUACUACACACGCAAAAUAAAAAUCUCCUCUGGGUUGAAACAAA